CAGUAAUAAUCCUAAGUAUGACGUAGAUCUAAAAUCUACUGAAAUGGACAAUCCGCCGGAAACCAAACUCAAAAAAAAGGGCCGGAGGGCGUGCGACUGUCCGACAGGUCGGGGCACUGUCAGAAAAGGGCGGACGUUCCGGAAAUUUACGAUUUCCGGGCUUUCCCCGAGACCAACGGGAGAGGCCCGAAGGGCCCUUACAAGCCAAAAAAGGCUCUCGCACCAAAAUCCGAUCUGUGAAGAGGCUUACUUUGAUGAAGACAAUGGAAAUCAAAUGAUGAAGUUACAAUUAGAUUUGUCAACAACCUUGUACUUCAGAUACAUUCCAUGUGCUAUGAUAAACCCUGUCAUCCCCCAAAUCAAUCCUCUCCACCAACUGACUCUGAUGAAUAUCAAGGUUUCUUUCCAAGGAUACAUGUUGAAAGAUACAUGGAUAGAAAAUGAUAGUGUCCACGUCAGACAGUUGGGUUACUCCUCUGGCAUGUGGGUUGCUAGAUGGAUACUUGUGUCAUCAACUGCGGAAUAG